AUGUCAGUGUUAAGGCUCAGCAGACCAGCAUUUAGAGUAGCUUCUCAGGGAAACCGCCGAUUUCUGCACACCACUUGUAUCGUUAGGAAGGAAGAGGAUGUCAGCUCCAAACAAAUUGGUAAAGGCCCAGAAAAUGAAGGACCAGACACCUUAGAACACCUCUACAAAAAGAAGUACGAGUUCAUCCAGAAACAGAACUUAGAAGAGUCAUACAACAAACUCCACAAAGGCAAAAAAUCCCACGACGAAGAGUUUAGAGAAGGAGAGCAGCGUUCCCAAGAUCCAGGUUCCUCAAAUGAGCAAACUUUCGAGUUGACUCAAAGGCUCAAGCUCUUGGCCGCCGGAGUGGCAGCGCUAGUCUUGACUGUUGGUGGACUACAGGCCUACCAGAACUGGGCUUUUAUCAAAGGCAAGUUCUUCGGCGAAGAAGGCUUGGAAACCUUUGAUGAAAUGUACGAAAGAAUCAAGAGUAGAAAACAGAGAAAACUAGACGCUCUUCAGACUUUCGCAACGACCGUAACCAAUCCUAACGACUCCUCUGUUCCAGGAGUGUACAUAUGUGGUAAUAACAAGUAUCAUCUGGUCGUGGAUGAAGGUUCCUUCGACUAUAUUCCCGUUUUCAAGAGACUCGAUGUGUUUGACAAUGUCAUAGUCAAAGAUAUUGCAAUUGGAGAAAAGUCUGGGGCCUUGAUCGACCAACACGGUGAUUUGUAUCAAUGGGGUGCUGGUUUUGGUGGAGACUCAAAGAAACCUGUCAUCAAAGGCAAACAUUUGGAAAAAGUUCAAAUUAGUAAUGAUACAGUGUACACCUUAACAAAACACGGAGAAGUGUUUUACUUACCAGAAAAUAUCGAGCUUCAGAAGGAAAUCAACUUGAAGGAAAAGGGGUGGCUUGGCUCAUACACUGUUAACUAUCUUAAGUUGAAGACACCCAAGAAUAACAUCAAAGACAUGGUUGCAGGCUUUCAACAUCUAGUGUUGCUAGACAAGGAUGGUUGUGUGUCUACCACUGCAACCGGAUAUAAUACAAAAAUUUCCCAAUCUUAUGGCCAGUUUGGUCUACCUGAAUUCUCCCAGUUUGACGAACCGCCCAAAAUCAAUGAAGUUCACGACGUUGUGUUGUUGAAUAAGUAUAUGAAAAACGGCCAAGUUUUUCAAAGAGAGAUCACAGAGAUAUCAGCCGGUGAUUAUUUCACACUUUGCUUGGAUAAAACAGGUGCUGUCUGGGCUUUUGGUAAAAAUACACAUGGUGCGAUUGGAACCAUGAUAAACUAUGAUACUGAAAUCAUACCUUACCCAACACAAGUCCAAUUCAUUGCAACUCAUUUCAAAAGAAACGAGUUUCCUCGUUGUACCCAUAUCGAAGCUGGAGGUGACACAGCUUAUGCAUCUUUUUCUUCCUCAAACAUAUAUGAACUUUUUGAAAAGUCUUUGAAAAGUGAUAGAAAUGUUAUUGAUAACUCCUUCACUUUUGAUUCAUUGCCGGAAGCAGAGCAAAAUAACCUACAUUUAUCUUGGGGUCAUGGCCUGAAAGGUGAACUUGGUUUGGGGUAUUUUGUGCACGGGACUUAUGAGCCAAAAAAGAUAAAGGUGUUGAAUGAUGUGAAAGAGUUUAACGAGAUGACGAACAAGUUGGAAAAGAUUAAGGUGAAGGCAUGGACCGUUGGUAGGAACCAUUCCAUUGUUACUCUCGAAAACAACGAUGUUUACGUGUGGGGGGAUAAUGAGUACGGCCAGUUGGGUAAUGGAAAGAGAAUUCGGGCUAGUGCACCGUCGACUAUUCCUCUGUUGUUGGAACCUGAAAAUAAUACAAUGAUGAAAUUUUCCAAGUUCAACAACCGACUACAGCUGCUAGACAACGGCAAAAUCCACCAGGAGAUGGUGGCCGGAAGGGAUACCACGGCCAUAGUCUGCAGUGUGAACAUACCCGAUGUGACAUUCGGAAUAUAUCAAAAAAAUGAUGUCCUACAGUAUGACUACGAAAUCCAGAUAUUGAUCGAUACAUGUGUGAUAAACAAAAUAGAGUCUUCGACUUUGGAUCCACAUGAUAGUGAUAUAGUGCCUAGUUUGAGAAAUCGUUGCUUAAUCAUGCCAAUAAAACUUGCACGGAUUUGGACUGUGGUAUGGGUGAAGUUUUCUAAACUCACAAAAUAUUUAGAGGUUUUCCAAUUGAGUGGAUGUCCAUUACAAGAUGACAGACUCUGCUACAGAUCUCAAGAAUUCAUAAAAUCUCUACUCUUAGAUCUAUUCAACUUGAGCGCCCCUAAUGACCUAAUGUUCAGUUACAGAUAUAUACCUAGCAACCUAGACUUUAGCAGCAGUAAGGACACGGCCAUAGUAAAAAGCAUUCAAAGUAUUUUGAAAGGGUACCAGCUCAAUGGGUUCAAUGUCUCACCAUGGACGUUACCGAUAUUAGAUUUUGAGGAGGAAAAAGCCAAUGCCAGACAGACUAGAUCCCUUCCACUGAUGGAGCUCAAAGAUAUCAGGGAAUUUAAUUUGAAGAACGUUAAGAGAAUGCCGAAAGCAGGGAAAACAAAUAACAAAAGGACAAGACAUCCAGCUGUUGAAGAGAAGCCAAAGCCCAGUGUAACAAUAUCAAAGCCAUCUUCAAAUGCAAAUUCUAAAGUGGUGGUCACUCUUGAGAACCUUGCAAACAUAAAGAAGACAAUAAAUUAUGACACAAUCAAAAUGUUAGAGCUUGUUGAACAGUACGUGCUCACUUAUAAUCAGGUGGAAGCCUUUUUGUUGGACAAAUGGUCUCGAGUCAACUUGUUUUCCAAGAGCGAAGUUCCAGAAGCUGGACUCCCCUUCUUAAUAUAUGGACCUUCUCAAAUAGAGCUGGAAAUCAUCAGGGAAGGUGGAAUAAUAGCUACGAAUACACUAAAAAAUAAAAUAAAAAAGUACAAUGUGACUCUAACAACAAGGACCAUGAGAUAUCUCACUUCUUCAAGGAGGUGGAUAAACCAAAGAUUCAAGUUGAAUAGAAAAAUUAAGGGUGUUUAUUACACAAGAGAUGUGAAUUUGAUAAUUCCUGAUUAUCGGGAUGUCCCAUACAUAGUCAUGGCAACACAUUUGGAAUAUGACUGCCUCCCUCCAGAGGAGACAUUUGAAAUAAUUCACCGAAACUGGUACAUUUCUAGAAAAAUGGUUUCUUUCAUUAUUGCAGAAUGCUAUAAAUGCAAGGGAAAGUACGGCAGUUAA